GUGAUGGUAGUGUGGAAAGGAUUUACGUGGCACCGUACAAUCUUCAGUGGAAUUAUGCUUCGAUGGGCGUAUAUUUUGCUACUUUGCCCUCUUGUGGUUCUUGUCGGAACGCAGCAGCCACAGCAAAUGUCUCAACAACACCAGCAGCAGGCCCCGCAACAGCAACAGCAACAACCACCGCCACCGCCACCACCCCACCAGCAACAUCCUGCUCCGGCACAACAACAAUUCCAGCAACAUCCUCCUCCACAGCAAGAGCAGUUUCAGCAACAUCCACCUCCGCAACAACAGCUAUUUCAGCAACAUCCUCCUCCGGUACAACAACAAUUCCAGCAACGUCCUUCCCCGCAACAGCAGCAGCAGCACCAGGCUCAACCACAGUUCCAAAACCAGCCAGAAAUGAUGGGUCAGCAUCAUCCACCACCGCCAAUGGUUGCACAUCAUCAGCCCCUAGAGCUUUCCGAUUCUGAUCGUGCGUGGUAUGAUACUCUUCCGGCGGUGGCCAUGGACUACAAAGUACACAUUGAAGCCGGUAAAGAGGAUUGCUACUUCCAAUACGUGAGGCAAGGCAGUACGCUGUACGUUAGCUUUCACGUGAUCCGAGGUGGCGAUGGAAUGGCCGGAUUCGCAGUACGCAAUCCGCGUGGUGAAAUUGUCCACCCCUACCAGUGGCAAGCGUCCAGCGAUUACACAGAUGGCGCAGCUAUGGGUGGAUUCUAUGCUGUUUGCAUAGACAAUCAAUUUUCACGGUUCGCCAGUAAGCUGGUUAACCUCUACAUCACCGUCAUUCGGUAUGAGGAGUGGGAAAAAUUCACCAAAGAGAUUGAGGAUCUGAACGUUAACAUGAACAACUUUACGAAUACCAUCUCGACGGUGGAACGCAACAUGAAUGCAAUGUUCCAGUAUCAGACGCAUUCGCGCAACAACGAAGCUCGCGAUUAUGCACUUAUUGUGGACAACAAUGCCUAUGUAUGGAAGUGGUCCGUGCUUCAGAUAUUGGUUAUCGUUUUUACCACCUCGGUGCAAGUGUACUUUGUGCGCAAGCUGUUCGACAUCAAGACGGGAACCAGUGGCAAGAGCCGCAUUUGAAAUUAUGUACGCUGUGCUGGGUGACCGAUACGUAAUUUUUCAUUCCGUCUUUGGGUUUGUGAGUUUAAGCAAGAUGGUCUAGUUUCCGGACCACUCUGCCACAGUUGGUCGUUAUGAGCAUCGAUCAUGUUGAGAAGAUAAGGGAAGCCAAGAGAGAGGGCCCACCGCGGACCACCACGACUUUCUUCCAUAAUUUUUUGAGAUGUUUUGAUCUCUUCUGUGCAUAGCCACUAUUGCGCUGAUAGUGAAAUUGUAGGAAAUACAUGCAGCACCUCAAUUGCAGCCGAGAGCAAAGUAUUUGGGCACGAUGACGACUGUUAAUUUUUCUACUCGUACUUUAGUAAUAAACCAAUAAACGAA